AUGAAGUUGCUUCACUUUACCAUCCUCCUCCAGGUGUCCCUGUUCCCGGCAAGCUCCCUUGCGCAGGCAGGUGGAAACAAUACUGAAGUUCAAGUCCAACAAACGCUUCCUGGUACCGGAAUCGCUGCCGUCAACUCUGUUAAUUUACUACGGAUCUAUAGCCAAGAUACUUCGGGUGGCAUCCGGGAGGCCAGAUUUGAAGGCUAUUGGAGCGGAGGCCUCGCAAAUGACACAAUCGCAAAGGCCAGGGCUAAUUCGUCAAUUGCUGCCGCCUCCGAUGAUCUCGAGCUGUACAAGAGUUCUUCUAGCACUAACUUCCUGCUUAAGAUCCGCGUUUACUAUCUCUUGCCAAACAACACGCUGGGCGAAGCUGCAUCUGAUUCCCAAAGCCGGUGGUAUACCGGUUCGCUUAACCAGUAUAAUUUUCAAGUUGCAUCUCAUUCAAGGCUCGCUGCAGUAUUUGUUCCCAGCACCCAACGUCCUCGAUUGCGCAUAUAUGCCCAGCUAGGAGACAAUACUAUCCAGGAAUUUGGAUAUGACGUAUCCCCGUUAUCUCAGCUAGAGCCGAUGUUUGCUAAUUAUUUGAAAGUUGGUCGUGGAUGGCAACGUCUGGCCAACUUUGGUCCUGCCUUACCAGGCACAGGUAUAGCCGCUCUGACGUAUACUACAGGUCUACGAAGAUCAACCACUCGAGUUUAUUUCCAAACCACAGACCGCCGUGUUGUGGAAAGGGUCUAUGAUAACCGGUCGUGGAGUGAUGGGGGUACCGUAGUACGAACGGCCAAGCCACGCACCCCCUUAGCUGCCACCAGCUUCCUACUUACUCCGGGAAACCCGCAAAGCGUCCGAGUGUACUAUGGCACUGAGGACAAUCGCAUCCUUGAAAAAGGGACUGAAGGCGGUACUUACUGGUAUGAUGGCGCAUUUGAGCAUUCAGCCAUUCCUGAUUCCCAAGUGGCUGCCGUGGACUGGGGAAAUGGCGGCGUGUUCAACAUCAGGCUUUAUAUCCAAGAUGGGGCCUUUAAGAACGGGAUAAGUGAAUGGGCUUGGUUCCGCCGUUCAUGGCGCCGAGGGAUCCUUGCAAUCCCACCCGCAUAA